CCUAGUUUUCCCUCCAAAAAUUAUUUCAAGCCGCAAUUUUUGUUAAAUUCGAUUUUUUGACGUUUAAUUAAAUUAUUUUAUAACCAAAAUGGCUGAUAACGAACAGCAUUUACGUGAUCUUCAACGGGAAUAUCUGGAUUUCUUGGAUGAUGAUGAAGAUCAAGGCAUUUAUACUAGCCAAGUUAAGAACAUGAUAGCUGAAGAGAGCAAGCGGCUAUUAGUGAAUAUUAAUGAUUUGAGACGAAAGAAUCCAGCAAGAGCACUAGCUUUAUUGAAUAAUGCCUUUGAAGAACAGUUUGCCUUUUCUCGUGCCUUAAAGGAAUUUGUACAGUCGAUUCAGCCAAGCUAUGCUAAAACUCACGAAGAAUUUCAUGUCGCAUUUGAAGGAAGUUUUGGAAAUAAACAUGUUACACCGCGUCAAUUAACAUCAAGAUUUUUGGGAAAUUUGGUUUGUGUGGAAGGGAUUGUUGUUAAAGUAUCUUUGGUUCGUCCAAAAGUUGUAAGAAGCGUACAUUAUUGUCCAGCCACAAACAAAUUUCUUGAACGCAAAUACACAGAUGCUACUUCCUUUGAAGCGGUUCCAUCAAGUAAUGUCUAUCCAACAAAGGAUGAGGAUGGCAAUUUACUCGAAACAGAAUAUGGAUUAAGUGUGUAUAAGGAUCAUCAAUCUAUAAGCAUUCAAGAGAUGCCAGAAAAAGCACCAGCGGGUCAAUUACCAAGAUCCAUAGAUAUCGUAUGUGACGAUGACUUGGUCGAUAAAUGUAAGCCAGGAGAUCGCGUUCAAAUUGUUGGAAAUUAUCGCUGUAUGCCUUCUAAAUAUGGAGGAUACACAAAUGGAGUUUUCCGAACUGUUCUUAUUGCCAAUCAUGUCUCAUUAUUGAGCAAGGAAUCGACAGCAAAUGUGUCUCGAGAUGAGAUUAAUACAUGCAAGAAACUCGCAAAACGAAAAGAUAUUUUUGAGUUGCUCUCUAAAAGUUUAGCUCCAUCCAUUCAUGGACAUGAAUAUGUCAAAAAAGCAAUUUUAUGCCUGUUACUCGGUGGAGUUGAAAAGAAUUUACCAAAUGGAACUCGUUUGCGUGGAGAUAUUAAUGUUCUUCUUAUCGGUGAUCCAUCUGUUGCCAAAUCUCAAUUACUUCGAUAUGUUUUACAUACAGCACCAAGAGCUAUUCCAACAACUGGUCGUGGAUCUAGCGGUGUUGGUUUAACGGCUGCUGUCACAACUGAUCAAGAAACUGGUGAAAGACGAUUAGAAGCUGGUGCUAUGGUCUUGGCUGAUCGUGGUGUUGUCUGCAUUGAUGAAUUUGAUAAGAUGACAGACAUUGACAGAACAGCAAUUCACGAAGUUAUGGAACAAGGUCGCGUAACAAUUUCCAAAGCAGGAAUUCAUGCCUCACUCAAUGCAAGAUGCUCAGUCUUAGCUGCUGCAAAUCCUGUUUAUGGUCGAUAUGAUCAGUAUAAGACACCAAUGGAAAAUAUUGGAAUGCAGGAUUCACUUUUGUCACGUUUUGAUUUAUUAUUUGUUCUACUCGACACAAUUGACAGUGAUUUGGAUAAUGUCAUUUCUGAUCACGUUGUUCGGAUGCAUCGCUACAGAAAUCCAAAGGAGCAAGAUGGAGAAGUUUUGGCAUGGGGAGACAGUACAGUUGAUAUGUUGACUACAUUUAAUCCAGAACUUGAAGAUAAGGAAACUCCAGUUUUUGAAAAAUAUGAUCCACUGUUACACGGUGCCACAAGAAAAGCAAAUGAUCAAAUUUUAACUGUCGAGUUUAUGAAAAAGUACAUCAGUGUUGUUAAAUGCAUCAAACCAAAAUUAACAGAACAAGCUUGUGAAUUGAUAUCCAAUGAAUAUUCUCGAUUGCGUUCACAAGAUUCUGUCGAUUCAGAUGUUGCAAGAACUCAGCCCGUUACAGCUCGUACACUUGAAACUUUAAUUCGUUUAUCUACUGCACAUGCUAAGGCACGAAUGGCUAAAAAUGUGGCAGCUCAAGAUGCAAGAGCAGCAAUAGAACUUGUCCAGUUUGCAUACUUUAAGAAAGUUCUUGAAAAAGAAAAGAAACAAAAGCGUAAACGUAGUGAAGGAGGUGCUGAAGAUGAUUCUGAUGUUUCGGACGAAGAAAGUACUCGUUCAACUACACAGUCAACGACACGCACUGCAAAAAGAACCAAAGUUGUUCAUUACGAUACGGACGAUGAAGAUCAAGAAGAAAUAAGUACAAUGCAAACAGAUUCUAAUGAUGUGACUAUUCGUGACACAAUAACUGCACCUCGUCCGGAACCAACACCAUCAGCCAGUACAUCAAAAGCAACACCAGAAGUUAUUACAGACGAACGUUUAAGUGUCUUCAAAAAUGGUCUACAAAAGAUUUUCCGUGAAAGUCGCGAAUCAAGCUUGCCAGUUGAAAGGAUUGUUAAAUACGUCAAUGAACAUAGCGACGAUGUCUCAUUCAGUCAAGGCGAAAUCUUAUCUGCUUUGGAACGUAUGACUAAUGACAAUCAAAUUAUGGUCGCUGAUGAAAUUGUUUUCUUAAUUUAAUUACUUUUUAUUAUCUUCAACAUUUCUAUAAGUUACUGUUAAGUUCCAAAGCAUAUUCUUCAUGUUAUACAUAAAAUAUCAAGUUUCUCAUUCCUGGAUAUCUCAUAGAAAUUAUCAAUAAAGUUCAUGUUUUCAUGUCACAUUUU